CUUUGUAAGUCUCACACUUCUCUAAAUUAUCACAAAAAUGACUUUCAUUAAAUUUUUAUUUAUUAUUACUAUAAUGAUGGUUAAUUUAUCGGAGAUUUUUGGUCAUGGAAUGUUGAUGGAUCCUGUCAACCGAGGAAGUGCCUGGAGGAAAGGAUUUAAUACACCAGUCAAUUAUAAUGACAAUGGAAACUACUGCGGUGGAUAUACGGCUCACUUUAUAACAAAUAAAGGCAAAUGUGGCGUAUGCGGUGACAAUUACUCAAACAAACAGCCAAGAAGUAAUGAAAACGGGGGACGUUAUGGAACUGGUACAAUUGUCAAGUCUUACCAAGAGGGCCAACAAUUCGAUGUUAUUGUUAAUCUCAGUGUCAAUCAUAGAGGAUAUUUUGAGUUCGCACUUUGUCCUUUAAAAGGAAAAAAUGAUAUUGAAACAGAAGAAUGUUUUGCAAAAUAUCCACUAAAAUUAGCAUCAGGCAAAGAAGCUUACAAUUUAACAUCUGGACGUAGUGGAUACUACAAAAUUAAACUUCAACUUCCUAAAGGUCUUACUUGUGAGCAAUGUUCUUUACGCUGGAAUUAUAAAACUGGUAAUGCUUGGGGAACUUGCGGAGAUGGCAAAGGAGCAACUGGCUGUGGUAAUCAAGAAACAUUCCGUACUUGUUCUGAUAUCUCAAUUGUCCCAAAAUAAACGUUUACUUAAUUUUGAUAUUUUCAACUUUUCUUGUAAAAUUGACCAAUAAAUAAAUUUUUUGUUGUAUGUAGAAAA